CAGAGCAACAGCAGAGCUUCAGUCGAGACUAGUGUCUGUGUGUCUGUCUAAAGAAAUAAACUGAGUUUGUCAGGUCUUUCUCAACAACUGACCCAAAUACUGUCUGUCGAUAUGUCUGCUGUCAGCUGUUUGCUAUCUGAAGAUCAGUUUCGAUGCUCCAUUUGUCUGGAUGUGUUCACCGAUCCAGUCAGCACACCAUGUGGACACAACUUCUGCAAAAAAUGCAUCACUGAACACUGGAAUACUUGUCACAAGUGCCAGUGUCCCUUGUGUAAUGAGGCUUUUACCACAAGACCCUAUUUGAAGGUCAACACUUUGUUCUCUGAGAUGGUUUUUCAGUUCAGACAGUCAGCUCAACAGAAAGCCAGCGGCUCAGGCCAACAGGUUGCAAAACCAGGAGAAGUUCCCUGUGACGUCUGCACUGGAACCAAACUGAAGGCCCUGAAGUCCUGCCUGGUGUGUCUGGUCUCCUACUGUGAGACUCACCUGGAGCCUCAUCUGACAGCUUCAGGUCUGAAGAAACAUCAGCUGAUCGACCCACAGGGGAAUCUGGAAGACAGGAUGUGUACGAAGCACGAUAAACCUCUGGAGCUGUUCUGCAAGACCGACCAGACAUGUGUCUGCACACACUGUCCUGCUUUGGACCACAAAAUGCAUGAGUUUGUUCCUCUGAAAGAAGAAUUUGAAGAAAAGAAGGCAGAGUUGGGGAAGACAGAGGCUGAAAUUCAGCAGAUGAUCCAGAGGAGACAACUGAAGAUUCAGGUGUUUAAACAGACAGUGAAGCGUAUUAAGGAAAAUGCCCACAUGGAGGUAGCAGAAAGUGUCCGGGCCUUCACUUCUCUGAAGAAGUCCGUCGAUAAAGGCCUGAACGAGCUCAUCAAAACGAUAGAAGAGGAGCAGAAAACGACACAGAAACAGGCCGAAGCUUUCAUCAGAGAGCUGGAACACGAAAUCUCUGAGCUGAAGAGGAGGAGCGCUGAGGUGGAGCUGGUCUCACUCUCCAAAGACCACGUUCACCUCCUUCAAAGCUUCCCGUACCUGAAUGCUGCUCCACCCACCAAGGACUGGACAGACGUCGUGGUCCAUCCACCGUCAUAUGAGGGGACCGUGGUGAAGGCUUUGCAUCAGCUGGAGAAGAAACUCAGUGAAGAGAUGAAGAAGCUGUUCGCUGAGGCUGAGCUGAAGAGGGUCCAGAAGUAUGCGGUGGAUGUGACUCUUGAUCCUGAUACAGCUAAUCCUAAACUCAUCCUGUCUGAUGAUGGGAAACACGUGAAACAUGGUGAUGUGAAGAAGAAUCUCCCAGACAACCCAGAGAGAUUUUCUCAUUAUAAUUUUGUUUUAGGAAAGCAGAGUGUCUCCUCAGGCAGAUUUUACUUUGAGGUUCAGGUUAAAGGGAAGCCUAAAUGGAAUUUAGGUGUAGCCAGUAAGUCGGUCCACAGGAAGGGCUUAAUCACAAUGACACCUGAAUACGGUUACUGGUCCAUAUGGUUGAGAAAUGGAAAUGAGUACAAAGCUUUUGCUUGCCCAUCACUCCGUCUCUUUCUGAAGUCUCGGCCUCAGAAGGUGGGGGUGUUUGUGGAUUACGAGGAGGGUCUGGUCUCCUUUUUUGACGUAGAUACUGCAGCUCUUAUCUACUCCUUCACUGGCUGCGCCUUCACUGAGAAACUCUUCCCAUUUCUCAGUCCCUGUAGGAACGACGACGGUCAGAACACCGCCCCUCUGAUCAUCUGUCCUGUCAAUCAAACUGUCUGAUCCUUUUUAAAGAUCGGCAAUUUAUUGAACAAUGAAGCGUUGCCAGUGAAACAUGCACAUAUUGAAUCAAUCUUUCCAUUUUAUCCCCACAAAGUAAAUAUAUACCAGACAAAGUUUUCAUACUAAAAUACGGACACUACAAUCAAUACUAGGAUGUUGUUAAAUUAGAGACAUAAGAACUGAACAAGCAAUGACAGUUGGACGAAAAUGUAUUGUCAUAUAUGGUAUUAAAUCUACAUAUUCAGAGGUAAACUUGUUUUAAUUUGGAUGUGAUUGGACAUUACUUGCGACUUUCGUGUUUUUCUGUAACUCAGUUUGUCAUAAGAAGUGAGAACAUGAAUUAAAAUGUUCAAUUUUCUUUAUUGUAAUGCUUUUUAAAUAGAAAUGUAUAUAUUUGUUUACUGGUAUCUGUUAAACUCAACAAUGUACUGAUGAAUAAUAUUGCUUUUAGAAUGUAAAUUAAUGGGCGUUUGAAUAUAAUUGUACUGAUUUACAUUUAUUUUAUUUUGCAUUUCUUUAGCUUUUUUUUCUUUCAUUAUUUUAUUUUAAAUGUUUUAAAUAAAGCACUUUGGGUGGCUGCUCAGCCUGUGUUUGAAGACUAUAAUUACCAGAUUACGUUGGUUUUUAAAGGUUUCCUAACAAGUCAAUGACAGAUUGUUUUAUACAAGUUACUAAGUUAAUAAGUCCAGCACUGAGUCCUCAACCUCAUUCCUUAAAGACAGAAAAGGUUGAUAUAUGUCAAUGAAUAAAACAGAUGCUGUAAAGUAAAUGAUGAAAUGUUUUGUAAUGAUUGAAAUUACUCUGCUGUAAAGUAUCACUUCAUUAAAAUCCUGUGCAGAAGAAGAA